CAGAGCAUCGCAUGAGUGUACGGAUCGCGUCCCGCCUCCACCAUGGGAGGGCGAAAUACACAAGCUAACACUGAAAAGCGGACGAAUUGCAUCCGAUCCGGGCGCCACCCCACUCCGAAAUCUUCCGCUUCCUGUUGGUGUUUUGGUUGGAGCCGAGCUCUGGACGUUAAAUCUGCGGAAUAGGGGUGUCGAACCAAUGAGUUAGCGUAGACCUGUCUACCGUCUCAGCCUCUUAAGCUUCUCCCUUACGAAGGCUGAGGCUGCUUCCAGUUCCGUAAAUUACAGAUGAAACGUGCCUCGAGUGCGGCAUCUGAUUGGCGUGCUGACAUUUGUGUGGACCUGUUGACUACGCCCGAAAGGGGAUACAGGGCGUGCGAACGUGAUUUGGUUUGAUUAUGACAACCACAGCGUCUGCCUUUUUUAUUGACAUUGACUCUGUGUUUGACCCUGUCGCGACUGCAUUGGU